UGUGGCGCUGCGGUGGGCUGGGGACGCUGGGCGCGCUGCGGAGCCUGCGACGCAGGACACACCAUGAGGUGUGGAGACGGAGUGGUCACCUGGCUUGUGAGAGGGCCCUGCAGUAUAAAGUGGGGGAGAAGAUCCACGGGUUCACCAUAAACCAGGUGACAUCUGUUCCUGAGCUGUUCCUCACCGCAGUGAAGCUCAGCCAUGAUGACACAGGAGCAAGAUACUUACACCUGGCAAGAGAGGACUCAAACAACCUAUUCAGUGUGCAGUUCCGCACGACCCCCAUGGACAACACCGGCGUCCCCCAUAUUCUUGAGCAUACAGUCCUCUGUGGCUCUCAGAAGUACCCAUGUCGAGACCCUUUCUUCAAAAUGUUAAACCGGUCAUUAUCCACUUUUAUGAACGCCUUCACAGCUAGUGACUAUACUCUGUAUCCAUUUUCCACACAAAACCCCAAGGAUUUUCAGAAUCUCCUCUCUGUGUAUCUGGAUGCAACCUUUUUCCCAUGCUUGCGGGAGUUGGAUUUCUGGCAGGAAGGAUGGAGAUUAGAACACGAGGACCCGAGUGACCCGCAGACGCCCUUGAUCUUUAAAGGAGUUGUCUUUAAUGAGAUGAAGGGAGCAUUUACAGACAACGAGAGAAUAUUCUCACAGCACCUUCAAAACAGACUCCUUCCCGACCACACAUACUCUGUGGUGUCAGGCGGGGACCCGCUGUGCAUCCCGGAGCUCACGUGGGAGCAGCUUAGACGGUUCCACGCUACUCACUACCACCCGAGUAACGCCAGGUUCUUCACUUAUGGAAAUUUCCCAUUAGAGCAGCAUCUGAAACAAAUUCAUGAGGAAGCACUGAGCAAGUUCCGGAAAAUCGAGCCCAGCACCACAGUGCCUGCCCAGAGGCCGUGGGACAGCCCCAGGGAAUUCCAGAUAACUUGUGGCCCGGACGCGUUUGCGGCAGACCCCUCUAAGCAGACGACGGUCAGCGUCAGCUACCUCUUACCAGAUAUCACUGACACAUUCGAGGCCUUCACCUUGAGCCUUCUCUCUUCACUCCUGAUUUCUGGGCCCAAUUCUCCCUUCUACAAAGCUUUGAUUGAAUCUGGGCUCGGCACAGACUUUUCUCCUGACGCUGGAUACAACGGCUACACGAGAGAGGCCUACUUCAGUGUUGGCCUCCAGGGCAUUGCGGAGAAGGACAUUGAGACGGUCAGAGUCCUGAUAGACAGGACACUGGACGAGGCAGCCCAGAAAGGGUUUGAAGAUGAUCGGAUCGAAGCUUUACUUCAUAAACUGGAGAUACAGAUGAAGCAUCAGUCCACCAGCUUUGGGCUGACCCUGACCUCGUAUGUGGCUUCCUGCUGGAAUCACGACGGGGACCCCGUGGAACUCCUCAAAUUGGGAGACCAGUUGGUUAAAUUCAGGCAGUGCCUAAAGGAAAAUCCAGACUUUUUGAAAGAAAAAGUAAAACAGUAUUUUAAGAAUAACCAGCACAAGCUGACCCUGUCGAUGAGGCCAGAUGACAAGUACCAUGAGAAGCAGGUGCAGAUGGAAGCAGAGAAGCUGAGGCAAAAGGUCCAGUCUCUCUCCCUGGAGGACAAGCAGCAGAUCUACAGAAAAGGUCUGGAAUUACGGGCUCUGCAGAGCCAGCCUCAGGAUGCCUCUUGCCUGCCAGCGUUGAAGGUGUCAGACAUUGAGCCCACCAUGCCUGUCACCGAGCUGGACGUGGUCCUGGCAGCUGGGGACACCCCCGUCCAGUACUGCGAGCAGCCCACCAACGGCGUGGUGUACUUCCGGGCCUUCUCCAGCCUGAACUCACUGCCCAGGGAGCUGCGCCGCUACGUGCCCCUCUUCUGCCGCGUCCUCACCAAGAUGGGCUGCGGCGUCCUCGACUACAGGGAACAGGCCCAGCAGAUAGAGCUGAAAACUGGGGGCAUGACGGUGUCACCGCACGUGCUCCCCGACGACUCUCACCUGGACACCUAUGAGCAGGGUGUGCUGUUUUCAUCUCUCUGCCUGGAUCGAAACCUGCCAGACAUGAUGCACCUGUGGGCUGAAAUAUUCAACAGCCCGUGCUUUGAAGAAGAAGAACGCUUCCGAGUGUUAGUCAAGAUGAGUGCUCAGGAGCUUGCAAACGGGAUCCCAGAUGCCGGGCACCUCUAUGCGUCUGUCCGGGCCAGCCAGACCCUCACGCCUGCCGGGGACUUGCUGGAGACCUUCAGCGGCAUGGACCAGGUGAGGCUGAUGAAGAACAUUGCAGAAAUGGAGGACGUCACCCCUGUCCUGAGGACGCUCUCGCUCAUCGGGACGCAUCUCCUGACCUGUGAUGACAUGAGAUGCUCGAUGAACAUGACUCCGCAGCAGAGGCCUCGGGCGGAGCAGGAGGUGGAGCGGUUCCUGGGGACGCUGGGCCGUGGUGGCAGGGAGCCGAAGCCAGUACACCCCCAUGUGGUUGAGAAACCUGCACACAGCGGCCCUGGUGGAAACGCAGACGCCUGUGGCUCCCAGAUCGUGAGGAAGCUGAUCACAGAACCCACCUUCCAACCCUGCCAGAUGAAGACCCACUUCCCGCUGCCCUUCCAGGUGAACUAUGUGGGCGAGUGCAUCAGAACCGUCCCCUACACCGACCCAGGUCACGCCAGCCUUAAGAUCCUGGCACGUUUAAUGACUGCUAAAUUCCUGCACAUGGAAAUUCGAGAGAAAGGGGGCGCCUAUGGCGGAGGCGCGAAGCUGAGCCACAGUGGGGUCUUCACAUUCUACUCCUACAGGGAUCCAAAUUCCAUGGAAACGCUCCAGGCCUUUGGGAAAGCUGUGGACUGGGCUAAGUCUGGAGCUUUCACACAGCAGGACGUGGAGGAGGCGAAGCUGUCUGUGUUCUCAGCUGUGGACGCUCCCGUCGCUCCCUCAGACAAAGGCCUGGACCACUUCCUGUACGGCCUCUCAGAUGAGAUGAAGCAGGCACACAGGGAGCAGCUCUUCAUGGUCAGCCACGACAGCCUGGUCGCUGCGAGCCACACGUACUUGGGCACUGGGAGGAGCCCACACGGGGUGGCCAUCCUGGGGCCGGAGAAUGCUGAGAUUGCUCAGGACCCGUCCUGGACCAUCAGGUAGCCACGUGGCCCUGCCCCUGGAGCCCAGCGGAGCCCACACUGCCUCUUAAAACAAAGCCUCUGAGCUACACUUAAUCGGAAAGCUCGGGCACGUUGCUGCUCUUUCCAAACAUCUUAACAUCAUCCCUGAAAUUUUGCCGAAGGUUUUAACUGGCAAGUCAGCCAACAGCUUCUGUGUCUUAAAGAAGGAAACGGGGUGGCCGUGAAGUUGACAUAAUCAUGCACAGUAAAGAUCCAUAACUCAGCCUCGUGAACCUUUCUGGUGGCCCGAAUGCUUAUUUUGUCUUUAUCCUGUAUUUAUUUAAAAAUAAAGGGCAACUCCAGC